AUGCGGAAAUCGAUUAGUUUUGUCUGUGCAGCUGCUUCAGUCUGGCUUCGCGCGGUUAAGGGAAGGAGCUAUCCGACAUUUUUUUUUUAUCUUAUUUAUACAAACUGCUCAUCGUGGCAAGAGUCUGUUCUUGUCAUUUUGGGCGGGCGUCAGCAGUGUACGGUAUGUAACAUUUUUCUUUCUCAUUUCUUUGCCUAUUUUCUUUCUUUCUUUUUUCUUUCUCAUUCCUUUUCCUUUUUCUUUCGUCUUCCUUCUUUAUUUCGUUCAUUUUUCUUUCUUUCUUUCUUUCUUUCUUUCUUUCUUUCUUUUUUUUUUUCUUUCAUUUUUCUUUCUUUUUAUUUUUCUUUCUUUUCUUUCCUUUUUCUUUUUUUCCUCCAUGUUUCCGUUUUGUUUUUCUUUCUUUUUCUUUCUUUUUCAUUUCUCUAUCUCUCUUUUUCUAUUUUUUUUUUCUUAUUAGCAGUGGUGAAGAGUGGAAAACAGUCAACACUUUUUCUUUCCUUUUUUUCUCAUUCAUUUUUUUCUUUUUCCUUUCUUUUUUCUUUUUCAUUCUUUUUCUUUUUUCUUUCUUCUUUCAUUUUUAUUUCUUUUUCUUUUUUUUCAUUUUCUUUUUUCUUUUUCAUUCUUUUUCCUUUUUUUUCUCCCUUUUUUAUUUCGUUCCUGUUACUUUCAUUUUUCUUUCUGGUUUCUUUUUUCAUUUUUUCUUUCUUUUUCCUUUUCUUUCUUUUUUCUUUCUUCUUUCAUUUUUAUUUCUUUUUCUUCUUUUUCAUUUUAUUUUUUCUUUCUUUUUCUUUCUUUUUCUUUCUUUUUUCUUUCUCAUUCUUCUUUUUCCUUUUUUUCUCCCUUUUUUAUUUCGUUCCAGUUACUUUCAUUUUUCUUUCUUUUUCUUUUUCAUUUAUUUUCUUUUUUCUUUCUUUUUCCUUUUCUUUCUUUUUUUCUUUUUUCUUUGUCCUUCUUUUUUCUUUCUUCCUCCUUUUUAAUUUCGUUCCAUCUACUUUCAUUUUUAUUUCUUUUUCUUCUUUUUCAUUUUAUUUUUUCUUUCUUUUUCCUUUUCUUUCUUUUUCUUUCUUUUUUCUUUCUUAUUCUUCUUUUUCCUUUUUUAUCUUCCUUUUUUAUUUCGUUCCAGUUACUUUCAUUUUUCUUUCUUUUUCCUUUUCUUUCUUUUUUCUUUCUUUCUUUCUUUCUUUAUUUUUAGCAGUGAUGAAAAGAGUGGAAAGCAUUGUUAACAUUGAAGACAUUUUUCAUCCUUUAAUAGGCGCGGAUCUAUAA